AUGUCGAAGCUCUCUGAACCGUUAAAACAACUCAUCAAUGCCGCCCACGCUCUUCCCGGCACAUUGAAAGCACCACCAUCUAUCCGUUCGACGUAUUCGCGAUUAGCCUCCAAUGCCAGGGAAAAGGGCGUCGGUGUCCCCGCGUGGUUGACCAUGUCGACAGCGGCGACGAUGACCAUGAACUCGCCCGCUUCACUGCUCGAAUUGUACCAGCUCACUCAAACACUCCCUUCACCACUAUCGGCAACACAGGCCGCCGAACUGAUGCGCGAAGUCGGCCUGAAAUGCAUCUCCUUCAACGGCAUUCCCCGUACAAUCAACUGCCUGGGCGCCUUCCGCGAAGGCUUACCUAAGGAUGUGUUUGACCAGAUCCCGCCUCCGGCGUCGCGGAAACUUGACUCCAGCAACGUGGACGAGGUCAUGGCCCGGGGCCGCCGUCUAUGGAACUCCGUCUACUACCCGUUCGAGGACAAGCUGUAUGAGAAGCUCGCGGCGUCUCACCCUAAUCUCCCCGUGCACAUUCUCGCCGCUGAUUAUGGCAUGCUGCUCUCGGACCCGUUCACGACAUCCCCCGUUAAAGUAGGUAGGGUGCUUACCUCAAUCGUGGCCAUUGCAUGUCUGCGCGCCCAGACGGGCGUGGGACCCCAAGUCACAAGCCACGUGUUCGGGCUACGUAAGGCGUACGAGGAUGGCACGGCAGAGAAGGACGUUGAAGGUGGCGAAUGGCUUGCCAGCGACGAAGGAAGCCAAUGGAUCUUGAACGCUGUGGAUGAAAUCGUCCAAACGCUCAGUGGAGGGCGAGGAACGACGUUUGCACCGGGCAUGGGCACGGCCUCUAAGGCGAAGUUGUGA